CUUCCUUCCCUUCCUUCCCUUCUCUUCCUUCCCUUCCCUUCCUCCUCCUUAUUGAUUGUUUGCUUUGUGAAGAAGAGUAUGUUAGUUGCACGAUAGGCGAUUUAGCGUCACUGCGAGCGUUCGGGCUGUGUAGAAGUAUAUCAAUUCUGUUACCUCAUUGAUCGGCAGUCUGUUUUUAUUUAUGGUAUCUGUAUGGAGAGGUUUGUGUAGAUUGUAGUUUUUAACAGUUUUUUUUAAGGUGUGCUGGUGAUUUGAGGAGGUUGUGUUGCGGUAGAAGCGAGGGCGAUGAUGUGGGUGUGGUGUUACAAGGCUAUGAAGAGGAGGAUGCAUUGUUGUGUUCAGUAUAUUGUGUUUCCCUCCGUCCCGUUUGAUUUAGUUACUGGGUGUGUUAAGUAGUGUGGAAUAGGUCUUUUUUUUUUUUUUUUUUUUUUUUUUUUGUCUUUGUUUGUUACUCUCUCACCUUUCAAUCUCCUUACGUGUGUUUCAUCAGAUUUCAUUAGAUUGUAGUACUAGGGGAAUAAUCUCUGGCACUUAACACGCUAAAAAUUGGAUUGCACUUCAGAUUGGUUUUCUGUAUUAUUUGGAGAGGUUGAAUCUGAAUUUUCUGUGUCCGAUUGAUUUUAGUAGAAGCGAAGUAGGUUCAAUCUCGGUGUGUCAGUGGGUUUGUGUCUGCAUGCUCCUUUUACUUUCUUCCUUUCUUUUGUCUUCAUUUACUGUCACCUUCCUUCCAAUUAUUCUAUAAUAUUUUUUUCACGGCGCAGGGACCGAUGAUUGCCGUAGCAGGAGAUUUUCAAGAAGAUCGUCAACUCUGCGCAUAUGUGUGCCUCGGGGGUUUGAGUCAAUGUGACUGAUAACGGGGUGAAUAAAUAUUCGGAAGUAGCAUCUAGGGCUUCACCUCAAUUAGGUCAUUGCCAGCGCUACAGGAGCAAUAAGAAAGGCCAGAGUAACGGAGACGGCCUACUUAUUCUAGAUAUCAUUCUACACGGCCUACUAAUUUUCUGGUUUCUAGAUAUCUCGGUUUCAACACUGUUGGACUCAUACAGCAAAAUAUACAACUGUGUGGACAUUGUUUGUCUGACAAACAGAGCAAUCUGCAUUGAAUGUUUGUCGGUGGCAGUGAUACAGAUGGUUGUAUUUCUGAGGUGGUGCUUAUUGAUGGUGGAGGUGAUGGUACAAAUUAUUGACAUUGCAUGAAUAUUAUCGGGCUAGUUCGUGUGGAGAUCAUUCGGUCAAGGUUGAGCAAUCAUAUGGCCAAGUGUUUGUAGGAAAAAGUUUCGGAGAUGGCGCUUAUGCAGUCUCAUUGGGGAGGAAGGGGGGUGAAACUUCUGUGGGUCAAGAGAGUAGUGAUACUAUUGGUGUUAUUGAAUGUGUUCCAGCUCUUGAUUUUAUUGAAUUCCGAGAAUCGGCCGGUAAAACCAUCGACAGCGCUGAAGGACACUCCUAGUUCACGACCUCAAGGUUUCAGUGGAAGGCAGUCACUUGGAAAACCCUGGCCUCUAUUGGGUGCAUUCACAUCAUGGACCGUGGACCCUGACCUUGAUCCGGAUUCCUGUGAGGCGUUCUUUGGCAAUGGCUACACUCAAGCCUUUACCCUCCUCGACCCAGGGCCACACAGUCAUGCUAGAGGUAGUGUGGUGAAGGAAGACAGUAGGGUUAGAUCUAAAAGAAUGCAAGAAAUAGUAGAAAGUUGGAGAGAGCGCGAAGUGAAGCAAGGACUGGGGCAAGUUAAAGAUGAAAUCCAUGGAGUUUCUUCUCAGACGGAUGAGCAAGCAGCUCAAAUGGGUAAGCAGAAUAAAGUCUAUCAGCCUUCACCUAGAGGUGGUCUGUUUCAGUGCUUUUACAGCCAGACAUUGCGCACUUCCAUCUGCGAAGGCACAAACAUGAUCAUGUAUCCUAAGAAGAUAAAAAUGUCCAAGGGUGGAGAGCUCCUAUUUGCUGUUAUGGGACGAAAUGAAGAAGAAGAACUACCAUAUUUUACAACUGGAGCUUUCGAAAUCAUGGUCCCAGAGAAGGAGGAGAGGCGGGCUUUGUUUAACAAGAGUAUGUUGGAGCGACUCAUACCUGUAAAAUCAAUUACGAAGCACACCAUGCAUCAUCUAUUUGAACAGAUUCGAACAAUUCCAGUUGACGAAGUCAUUUGUGCACAGAGAGUGUCGACACCAACCAUUGUUGUGACACGUUUUGAGUAUGCGAAUCUUUUCCACACUGUCACCGACUGGUACAGUGCGUACAUAACCUCUCGAGUAACGAACCUGAAAAGAAGACCUCGUUUGGUUUUUGUGGAUGGCCAUUGCAAGUCCCCUAUGGACGAAGCUUGGCAAGCAAUGUUCAGUGGAGUUCAUUUUGCAAGGCAUUUAACAGGACCAGUGUGCUUUGACCACCUGAUCUUUGCACCCUUGGGAUAUAAUUCGCCUCUUUUCAAAGGCCUUGAUCUUGGCCUUUCUUGCACGGGUUGUGCUCCUGAGGACAUUCCAAAUAAUCCCAGGCACAACACUGCUCGAAUUCGUGAGUUUGGUGAAUUUUUCGUUGCAGCUAUGAAUACUACAGCUAAUGUCAUGCCUCAAAAGGCCAUCUUUACGUUCAAGGUUUUGUUUGUGCGAAGAGAAGAUUAUCUAGCACAUCCACGGCAUUCUGGAAAGCCCGAAUCCCGCCUUAGUAACGAAGUUGAAGUAUUAGAAGCGCUUCAGGCUUGGGCCUCUUCGAGGUCUGGUAUGAAGAGAGAAGAUGGUGUCGAAUUGAGCGUUACCAUCGUGGAAGGGUUGUUUGCUCAUUGGGCAUUACAUGAACAAUUGAAGAUAGUACGAGAAUCCUCGAUCAUUAUUGGAGCGCAUGGGGCUGGCCUUUCACAUCUUUUGUUUGCCAUGCCCCGAGAGACGGUUAUUGUUGAGCUGUCUAGCCCCUUCUUUGUGCGCCCACAUUUUGAAGCCAUGUCCCAAUGGAUGGGGAUGGAGUACCAUAAAAUAGACAUGGCGAGCUCCGAAGCAGAUUGCUCGGAGGUGAUUAGGGACCUGGAUCAGAUAUUUCUGGGAUUAAUACGCCGGCGGGAUUACAAGUUGACGAUACCGUAGAAGCUCGUUUCCAAAGAUUAUUAGUCAUUCUUUAAGUUGCUUCGAUUGCUUAGUAGCAGAAGCGUCCAGAUUUUGGAUCGUGGGGGGAGAGUUUGUUCAAGUUGGAUUACCAGAGUCGGCUAAGUCUACCUUUUGGAAGAGUAUAAUUGUUACCAGGUAAAUAUUUCUUACAAGGAUAGCAGAUGACAUCUUGUAUCGGCUCCGUCCACUUACACAAAUAUGUUUAUAACAGUUAGAGGGUCUUGGAGUGUAGCUGAGAGUUGGCUUGACCUACAGAAGCUCGUGUGUUAAUCAGAAGCAAGCUCUGCCAUUGUGCCUAGUGAAGUGCAGUGGUGUUUCGGAAUAUUAUGUAUCCUGUCGUGCCACACGCUAUUUGCUGAAGUGUUGCAGUAUGUAGUGUCAUUGAUCACAUGAGACCCUGAACAAGACUAUCUAAUUGCAGGGCAUAACUCCAUAGACACAUUUGCAUCACUGGUACGCUGGUCACCGAGAUUUGCUAAAUCUUAUUCAAGAACAAUGUAAUGCUAGACGCACUUCAUAUUGACAUGCUAUUCCUGUAUUUGAUUUCA